AUGAAUACAAUGAAUGAACAAGCUAUCCAUAUUUCUCCUUCUGAUCAAUUUCAUGGUUUUCCAUCAAGGUUUUUUCGCACUCGUAAAGGUCGUCUAUCGAAAAUUAUUAUAAUUGAAGUGAACAACAAAAACUUUGGCACCGUUUGGCCCAAACUAUUAGAUUCAGUGACAAAUGCAACGUUUAUUUCUAUUGAUUUGGAGCUCAGUGGAUUAGGGAUACCGAAAGGCUGGCAUAUAAAAUCGUUGGAAGAACAAUACGGUGUUAUACGAAAAAGCGCACAAUCUCAUUCAGUACUUUCAUUCGGUAUUUCAACUUUUCGAUUAAUAAAGCGUAAAGAAACGAAGGCCAAAAAGAACAUUGUAUUCAAAUGUCAGGUUUUCAAUAUACUCACGCUACAGUCUCCAUCUUUUGUCGUUGAAACCACUGGGUUGCAGUUCUUGUUGAAGCACAAGUUUGAUUUCAAUCGAUUGAUUGACCUCGGUAUUUCGUAUGAUAAUAUCUCUAAAGAUGUAAGUUUGCUUGUUCUUAUAAACGUUAAUUUUGGUUUCCUGAUUAAUUUUGCUGAGUUUUCUGAUGUAAUGUUAGUUUCAAUGUGGUUUGAGACGUCACGAUUAUUGAAUUUUUUUUUAAGUUCGUAGAC